AUGGCGCAUUAUGCGUUUCAACAAGAUGUCCGUGAUACUACCUCCUCUUCAAGAACGUAUACAAUACGCGACGAUCGUCUUGAGUCUCACAACCGUCUUUUUCAAGAUUACUUUGCCGAGGAACCGAAAUUUAAUGAGACUUUUUUUAGACAACGGUUUCGUAUGAGUAAACGGUUGUUUGUGAAGAUAGCUUCAGAUUUGGAAAACAAUUUUAGUUUUUUUCAAAGGAAGAUGGACGCUCGUGGUAAAUGGGGGUUCUCGGCUUUACAGAGAUGCACAUAUGCAGUUUGCCAGUUAGGAUACGGUAGUAAUCCCGACAGUUUAGAUGAUUAUUGA